ACGUCCUUACGGAAAACUGCAGCCAUGCAACUAACGGUGUCUCUACUGACGGUGGCGCUGGCGGCGUGCCGAGUGGCCGCGAUUCCCGGAGUUCAUGUGGAGGAGAUCAACGGCUACGAAGACGAGGGAUACGACGGCGGCUACGGCGGCGGCUAUGGCGACGACCACGGAGGCCACGUCAAAAUCGUCAAGAUCCCGGUCCCACAUCCGGUUCCGGUGGCCGUGCCGCACCCCGUGCCCGUGGCCGUGCCGCAGCCCGUCCCAAUCCACAUCAAGGUGCCUGAGCGUAUCGAGGUUCCCGUCGUACGUACGGUGCACAUACCGGUCGACAAGCCGGUGCCGGUACGUGUGGAGAAGAUCGUCCCCGUGCCUGUGGUGAAGCCGGUGCCUUUCCACGUGGAGAAGCCGGUACCCGUGCCCGUGCACAAGCCCUACCCCGUCAAGGUGCCCGUCGUCAAGACCAUACACCACUACAUCAAGACGGGAGGCGGCCACAGCAAGUGGUGAAGCCGAGCAGAACUACCCUCU